UGAAUUUUACAGAAAUAAGCAGCAUUAGGCUCAUUUGUGAAAUGUAAAUAAGAGUUCAAUUAUAUAAAGAGCAGAUUUUUCGUUAAAAGAAUUUCUAUUAAUAAUUUUUUUCUUUUCUUUUCACUAUAUAAAAUUCAUUAAAGUUUAUUUCAAAGGUUUAAAAGUUUUCCAACUUUUAUAUGGAUGCAAUAUUUGAAUCGACACUUUAUACUGCCCUUAGAAUUGAUGGGAACAAUAUUUGUGAUUAUCUAGAGAGCGUAACAAAUUUAUUAGCUGAAUUUUCAUGGGUGUACAACUUUAGAAAUAUAGAUAUUUUUAUCUAUGAUGUCUUAGAAAAAAUUCCCGCUGAUUGGGUUGAAGAGCUUGUGGCUAUUUCUCAAGAAGAAUUAUGGCAAUUGCCAUUUGGAUAUACAAAAGAGAAGUGGCCUACAUCUUUAAAAAACUUUGUGACUAAAUGUAAGAAAUUAGCUUCUUAUCGUUUCGCUACUAAAAAGUUUCAGGAUACAGUGCCAAAAGAUAAUUCAAAUCUUUUGGAAAAGUUAUCAGAUAAAAAACAAUAUGAGGUGCAAAUUAUGUCUUAUCUAAUUAAGCAAGUCUGCCAAGUUUUGAAAUGUAAUACAGUGAUAGAUGUUGGAUCAGGGCUGGGUUACUUAGAUGAAGCUCUGCAUGAUAAUUUCGGAUUGUGUUGUAUUGGAUUAGAUGCUGUCCCCAAAUAUACAUUAGCAGCAAAAGAACGCUUAAAAUCUGAUACAUGCAAGCAUUCUGUUCUCCAUAAAACUUUUGAAGUGAAAAAUACCGACGAAUGUUUACUUCAUUUCAAAGCAGUUCUAAACGAAGCAAAGGAAUUGCAUUGCUGUUGCAUCCCUGGCAUAUCUGAAAGCCGAGCUGCAUCUGCUGUAAUUGUUGGUUUACAUAGCUGUGGCAAUCUCAGUCAAGAUAUGAUGGAACUAUUCUGUGAGUUAGAAGACAUCAAUGCAUUUAUUUGUAUAGGGUGUUGUUAUAACAAGAUUAAAUUGACCAAUUUUCCAAUGAGUACUGUUGUUAAACAUUCCGUAAGUUCAACACAAAAAGUCUAUCCUGAAUGGUAUCCCUCUAUAUCAGGUUUAAGGCUUGCGGCUCAUGGCACUAGGUCACAUUCAUGCUCAUUUCCUGUUAGUGAGGAAAGAGAGAAGAACUUGUUCUACCGAGCUCUUCUUCAAUGUUAUAUUAAAAAAGAACAAAUAGUUUGGAAAAAACCAAAACGGCAUGUAAGGACAACAGACCUUGCAGACUUUGAUACUUACUGUUCUAAAAUGUUUGAAGAUCACAUCUUAAGUGGUGAUGAAAAAAUACUUAGGGAACUGAAAAAAUUAUAUCAGGAGAAAUCGCAAAUUUUUCAUAGAAUAAGGAUAUUAUUGGUACUUCAAAUGAUGCUGCAACCAUUGUGGGAAGCCUUUGUUAUUCUAGAUAGAGUUAUGUAUUUUAAAGAAAGAAAUAUCUUUGUUGAAGUAUUAGAAAUGUGGGACGAUUCUGUUUCUCCUAGGAAUUUGGCUCUUUGUGCUUACAAAAGAUAAUAUUUAUUGUUAUUUUUGUUGUAUAUAUGUAAGAUUUUAUUAAUAAAUUAUAUUAUACUUUA